UAGAAAUCUGACAAAAUCGUACACUUCCCGAGUAUUUAUACUGCGUGUGGGAACUGUCGCGGGGUGCUUAAACUGCCCCGCAAGAGGGACGAUCGACGGCAAAGUGUUUUGCCCUCGCCGUGCUCGACCACAAGUUUCAUAUUAUUGUCCCAAUGACGUUUAAAAAAGAAGAAAAAAAGGAGUGGUGGGGUCUAAGUAUGGAGGGGAGAAAGAGAACGGUUGUUCUACAGGCGCCUUCGCUAAUAACUUAAGAAGAAUGAGGGUGCUGACUCUGUGUCUGAGGGGAACUGCUCCUGCUGGGGGGUACUGGAUCACUCGGACUGGAGCUAAUAAUAAUACCACGAGUGGAUAUUUAUCUCCGCAUACGAACUGCUUGACAUUGUCGUUGUCUCGUUCCAAUCUUGCUUCUACGAUUGCUGCUAAUAGAUCUGGGUCUAAGAGAACUGCAGCUUCUCGAUACCGAUUCUUUUCCUCUGCGACUACACGACCACACCCGUUCAAGAUGGUGGGAUCCUUCGAGUAUAACCCCAACCCAGGCCGCGUUGUCUUCGGCCAGGGCACGCUGCAGAAGCUUCCUGAUGAGAUCGCUCGACUGAACCUCUCUGCGCCGCUGCUGCUCUCGACGCCUCAGCAGGUCGACCAAGCAGAGCAACUCAAGGAGAUCCUCAAGGGGAAAGUCGCAGGUGUCUUCACCGAGGCCACUAUGCACACUCCCACCCAUAUCACAGACAAGGCGCUCGAGUACGCCAAGGCACAGGGAGCUGACUCUGUCAUCUCGAUUGGCGGUGGUAGCACGAUCGGGUUGGGAAAGGCUAUCAGUGUCCGUACCGGUCUGCCGCAUAUCUGCAUCCCGACGACGUAUGCGGGCAGUGAAAUGACGCCCAUUCUGGGUGAGACGGCCGACGGCAUCAAGAAGACGCGCAGUGACCCCAAGAUUUUGCCCGGUACUGUCAUCUACGAUGUCGACUUGACCAUGACGCUGCCAGCAUCGAUGAGUGCCACUAGCGGUGUCAACGCCAUUGCGCACGCAGUCGAGGCGCUCUACGCUCGCAACACAAACCCUAUCAUUAACCUCAUGGCCAUCGAGGGUACCAGAGCUCUCGCCUCGUCUCUUCCCCAGAUCGUGCAGGAUCCAUCUUCUACUGAGGCGCGUUCCUCGGCUCUGUACGGUGCCUGGCUCUGCGGAACAUGUCUGGGCAGCGUGGGCAUGUCUAUCCACCACAAGCUCUGCCACACCCUGGGUGGAAGCUUCAAUCUCCCACACGCCGAGACGCACACUGCAGUCCUGCCACACGCCAUCUCCUACAACGCUCCUAAGAUCCCCGAGGCCAUGAAGAAGCUCGCAGAGGCGCUUCCCGAGAGCAAUGGAGAUGCUAUCCACGGCCUGAACGUGCUGCUGGAGAAGCUGCAGGUCAAGAGGGGUCUGAAGGACUAUGGAAUGAAGGAGGAGGACAUCGACAAGGCAGCAGAUAUUGCCGUCAGCAACCCUUACUGGAACCCCAGAGAGAUCGAGAGAGCUCCCAUCCGCGAACUGAUCCGUCGUGUGUGGGCUGGUGAGCCUGCUCGUGCGGAUCUGUGAUGGAAUGUGCAGAUGUAUAUAUAGGAGGAACCAUAAGAUAAUUAAAAUUAAACCUCUCACUGUACAUGUGAUGGCUGAGAAUGUAGGAUGACAUUCUCUAUCCUCAACUGCAUGGCGUACUCAAAGCUGGUAUAAUUGUCUACGAUACAGCAACACUUUUCAACAUGUUCCUUAACUAGAAAUAUAUUUCAUCGAGAAUAAUAUUAUAGCUGAAAUUAA